CUGCUGGAAAGCAGGGAGCCCUGAAUGCUUGGCCCUGGCUGUGGAUAUCCUCACUGGCUCUCUCGGGGAAGGUAUGCCGGACUAGCCCGGCACCUAAUUUAUCGGACUCUAGAUCUGGAAGAAAUCAGGAUCAGUCCGGGAUCCCUCGGCCAACUCUGAAGACAAGAUGGGGAUCACACCUGUGUGUUAAAGAGGUUUCUGCCUCGUUGUGGCUCGUAGAAAACACAUACCAAAGAAGCAAACAAUUCACUCUCCCUUGGACCUGCUAUCUGCGUCCUGCAGAAACAUUACACUUAUGCUAUGGGAAGCGGCGCCUCAACCCAACAUCAUUUUGCUUUCCAGAAUGCAGAGAAAGCCUUCAAGGCAGCGGCCCUGAUCCAGAGGUGGUACCGGCGCUACAUGGCCCGCCUGGAGAUGAGGCGGCACUGCACCUGGAGCAUCUUCCAGUCUAUAGAGUAUGCUGGGCAGCAAGACCAGGUCAAGCUCCACAAUUUCUUCAGCUACCUUGUGGAUCACUUCACCCCCAGCAGUCACAACGAGAGGGACUUCCUGAACCGCAUGUUCACUGAGGAGAGAUCCCCCCAGGACUCCGAGAUGGAGAAUUGCAGGGACUAUGAAUCCAUCGAGGUACCGGACAGUUACACGGGGCCACGUCUCUCCUUCCCGCUCCUUCCCGACCAUGCAACUGCUCUGGUGGAAGCUUUCAGAGUGAAACAAAGGCUCCAUGCUCGCUAUGUCUUGAAUCUUUUGUAUGAAGCCAGGAAACAUCUGGUACAACUGCCAAACAUCAACCGGGUCUCCACUUGUUACAGCGAGGAAAUCACAGUAUGUGGAGAUUUACACGGCCAGUUGGAUGACUUAAUAUUUAUAUUUUAUAAGAACGGCCUUCCAUCACCAGAGCGGGCCUAUGUGUUCAACGGCGACUUUGUGGAUCGAGGGAAGGAUUCAGUAGAGAUCCUGAUGGUUCUUUUUGCCUUCAUGUUGGUUUACCCAAAAGAGUUCCAUCUCAACCGAGGAAACCAUGAGGACCAUAUGGUGAACUUACGAUAUGGUUUCACAAAGGAAGUGAUGCAUAAAUAUAAGACACAUGGCAAGAAAAUACUAAAACUGCUGCAAGAUGUGUUCUGCUGGCUUCCGCUGGCCACUCUGGUUGAUGAGAAAGUCCUGAUUCUUCAUGGUGGAGUGUCAGACAUGACUGACUUGGAGUUCUUGGCUAAACUAGACAGGCACAAGAUUGUUUCCACCAUGAGGUGCAAAACGAGAAAGGAACAUAAGAAACAGGCGGAGAAGGGAAAAGCCAACCAGACGAGCUCUGCCGGGAGACCCUCCCCGUGGUUCCUCCCCCAAAGCCACUCUCUCCCCACCUCGCCCCUCCGCCCCAGCAGCCAGAAGGCCCACAGAGCCGGGCGCUCCUCCAGCGUCCCCUGCAGGGUCCCCCUGGACCCCAACGAGCUCUCCCAUUGGGUGCAGCACUCCAUGGACCUGGAGCUGGAGAGUUGUCGGCAGCAAGCGGGCUUCCCGGUGAUCAAGGAGAAGGAGGAGCCCUUGCCCUUGGCAUCCGAAGCGGACGCGGAAGCUGAGGGGCGGCUGGAGCCCACUCAGGAGGCGUGGAGGCAGGUGGUGGAUAUACUGUGGAGUGACCCCAUGGCUCAGGAGGGCUGCAAGGCCAACACCAUUCGAGGAGGUGGCUGUUAUUUUGGGCCUAAUGUGACAGAACGGUUGCUACAGAAAUACAAUCUGCAAUUCCUGAUCCGCUCGCACGAGUGCAAACCCGAGGGCUAUGAAUUCUGCCACAGCCGCAAGGUGUUAACCAUCUUUUCUGCCUCCAACUACUACGAAGUUGGCAGUAACAGAGGAGCCUAUGUCAAACUAGGGCCGGCCUUGACCCCGCACAUUGUGCAGUUUCAAGCUAACAAGGCAACCCAUACGCUUACCAUGAGGCAAAGGAUUAGCAGAGUUGGGGAGUCGGCUCUGAGAGCCCUACGUGAAAAGUUAUUUGCCCAUUCUUCAGAUCUUCUUGUUGAAUUUAAGAAGCGUGAUAAAGAUAAAACUGGUCUAAUCACCCUGAGUGACUGGGCAGCAGCUGUGGAGUCUGUGUUGCAUCUAGGACUGCCAUGGCGGAUGCUGAGGCCACAGCUGGUGAGCAGCUUGACAGAUAACAAGCUGGAGUACAAGUCCUGGCUGAAAAACUUGGCCAAAGAACAAUUCAGCCAUGAGAAUAUACAAUCAAGUUUGCUGGAAGCACUGUAUCGAAACCGAUCCAACCUGGAGACCAUUUUUAGGAUCAUAGACAGUGAUCAUUCAGGGUUCAUUUCACUGGACGAGUUCAGGCAGACUUGGAAGUUGUUCAGCUCUCAUAUGAACAUUGAUGUCACAGAUGACUGCAUCUGUGACCUUGCCCGGAGCAUUGACUUCAACAAGGAUGGCCACAUUGACAUCAAUGAGUUCCUGGAGGCCUUCCGCCUUGUGGAGCAAUCCUGCUCAAAGGGAUAUGCAUCAGAUUGCUGA